UGAACGACACAGUAACUAUCUGAACUAGAAAGUUCAUGACCAACCAACUACUUCAGAGGAAACAAAUGAUGAUUGAUGUCCUUCAUACCCAGAAGGCAACAGUACCUAAGACAGAAAUUUGGGAAAAACUAGCCAAAAUGUACAAGACCACACUGGAUUUCAUCUUUGUAUUUGGAUUCAGAACUCAUUUUGGCGGUGGCAAGACAACUGGCUUUGGCAUGAUUUAUGAUUCCUUGGAUUAUGCAAAGAAAAAUGGACCCAAACAUAGACUUGCAAGACAUGGCCUAUAUGAGAAGCAAAAGACCUCAAGAAAGCAAUGAAAGGAAGGCAAGAACAGAAUGAAGAAAGUCAGGGGACU